AUGGCUCAUACGGAGGCUCUUCUAUUUUUGAUACUGUCAGGCUGCGUCUCCAGGGCCCUUGCGAGACACACACGGUUUGUCAACUUCUUCCCAAUGCACCGAACAGAGUUGAUCAAAACCCGCGAUACCGCAUGUGCCGAGCUGUUUGCGCGCAAACAAGCCGGGGAUCAAGUUUGCCACCCCCUGCUAGACUGCAUGCUAGAACACACAAGUGAAGCAGUCAAAAACGACAUCGCAGGGGCAAUAGUCGCCCUGGGUCUCAUGCCUUCUAUGCUCACAUUCCUGGGUUCUAGCACUACGGAGAUAGCUCUUCUAGCUAAACGCCGACCGCUCCUUGCCCUGCUCAUAGCGUCCGGUUCUCCCUCGGUCAGCCCUGUCCGGACAUUUGAAUACCCUAGCCCGGUUGAGGAGCUGAAGAUUAGAGAAGGCGGCCUGGUUCCUCCGUACUUUUCCCCGUUACAGGCGGCUUUUGUCUCAAUGGUGGAAUAUGCCCUUGUCUUGGGAGCUGUCGCUAAUGUAUACACCGCGGCGUUUUAUGCAGGACGGUGGACUAUCAAUAUGGUGGAUUGCGACACGGAUUUCUAUGCUCUUGUGUGGGCGGUUCUGACCAUUCCUCUUCAUAUCUGUGGCCUAUGGUGCCUAGCACUGCGUACGGAGACAAAGAAUGACAACAAGGCAAGGAGGGGAGAUGGAUGGAAAAGUGUGGGUCUGCGCUGGCUGAGACAUGAAGCAACUCCGUGUAUUGUACAUGAGAAGCUACGCUUGGUCCAGAAACCCGAAACUUAUCUCUUUGUUGUAGUGUCUUGGUGGAUGGCUACCUACACUGCAGUGCACGUCCUUUACGGCACAAUCACUUUCAGUACCCUGCAGUUCCUUGGAUGGCUCGAUAGCCUUAAGCUUAUUGCGAGGCUUGUAACCUCUGCCAUCGUGUGCCGUGCAGUUCUGAUGUUUGAACUCUCUGGGAUGAGGAAUGCUAUGGAAGAGCCCAGCGGAGCUGAGGACUAUUCUCUAGUCAGUAAUGAUAUUGAUUUUAUGAAGAGUUUAACAGGCAAAAGUAGACUACGAGCAAAGACAUAG